CUUACACCUUCAGCAUAUCUUUACAAUUCCCAUGCUAUUGCAUACUCUAUUUUUGCUAGUCUUCUCUGCUGCUGCGCUGGCAAAACGUGUUGUGGUUGACUGGGACGUCGGCUAUGUCUACAUGAUGCGCGAUGGAAUCAACUACAGGCGGUCGAUUGGCGUCAAUGGCCAGUCCCCGAUCCCGCCUGUGUAUGCAACUCGCGGCGACACCCUCAUCCUCAACGUGCACAAUUCGCUGAACGUAACCACCACGAUCCAUGCCCACGGCCUGUUCAUGCGCGGCAUGUCUUACAUGGAUGGGCCAGGAAUGACCAACCAGUGCGGAAUCCCGCCUGGCGAGUCGUUCACGUACGAGUACCACCUCGAGCAGGAGGGCACAUUCUGGCUCCAUGGCCACGACCACGAUCAUAACGCCGACGGGCUGCGUACUGCGCUUGUCGUCUAUGACGAGGAGCCGCCGUACAAGUACGACGCAGAGCAUUUGUUCACCUUCGAGGACUGGUUUGCAGGGCAGUUUGCUGACCGUGCUGCGCUGACUACUGACCCAACAAAGCCGUUCCCGCCGCCAUCUAGCUACGGGUUUGGUUUGAUUAACGGCUACAACGGCAACAGCACAAAGCCGAUUAAGUUUGAGCCGAAGAAGACCUACCGCAUCCGCCUUAUCAACAUGUCCAGCACCUUGUGGUUCAAGUUCCGGAUCCCCGGCCUCAAGCUGCGCGUUAUUGAAGUCGAUGGAAUCCUGAGCGACGAACAUAUAGUUGAUGGCGUGCAGCUAGCACCUGCCAUGCGCUACUCGGUUCUGGUCACUGCACAUGAGUCUGACGAGUUCAACUACUACUACAAGGUCAAGAUGUACGCAGACUUUAUUCCAGCGUCGCCAGGUGAGAACCCGCGGUUCUAUUCAGGUCUAGUUGAGUACAGGCAGGAUUCACCGGUCAAGGAGCUCCCCGACGUCGAUGAUAGCAAGCUGACCUGGGUCGAGGACAUCAAGAUGACGGCGCUCGAUAAGCAACCGCCACUGCCAGUCGACCGCUCGCUGUAUCUGUGGGUCGGUAACAACAUCAUGUCCUCUGGCCAGCACAUGGACCAUAUCAGCAACAUCACUUACUACGCACCGCUGGUUCCCUCCCUGUUCACCGCAAUGACCACUGGCGACCUGGCAAUGAACCCUGAUGUCUACAAUAACCGGACACACCCAGUGGUGUUGAAGCACAACGAGGUUGUCGAACUUGAAGUGCAUAACCCGAACAGAGUCCCUCACCCUAUGCAUCUGCAUGGUCACGCGUUCCAGGUCACCGAGUAUGGUCCGUCGCUAGAUGGUUUCACACCUGGGUUCACAUUCUCUCCGCUUGUCCAGUCGCUUGUUGCCCCGAUCCAGCGUGAUGUCAUGGAGAUACCACCAUACUCGUACAUAAAGGUCAGGUUCCGCGCCGACAACCCGGGUGUCUGGUUGUACCACUGCCAUGUCAAUAUUCACGGCAGCCCCGAGAGUCUGCGGAUGCUCAUGACGCUUGUUGAGGCCCCUGAUGUUCUGCAGAAGACGCAGACGCUCCCCAAGAAACUUAUUAAGCACUGUGAGAUGAGUGGAAUCAAGGCAUCUGGAAAUGCUGCUGGCAAUGCUGGGCUUGAUAUGACAGGGUUGCCCCCUGUUCCAUAUGUUGUUGCCAAGUCAUUCUAAAGAUAGAUCUUGCAAAAGUAGAAAUAAACCCAUCCAUAUUAGAUUCAAUAUAUUCGCAACAAGAGCAACCUGUCACUGAAUAAUAUAUCGGUACUCAUUUAGAUGCAGA